AUGGAUGCGAUAUCCUUUGUCCUGGGCAUUAAGUCGUCACAUUUACGUUCAGCACACUUGAAGGAUCUUGUUUAUCGUGGCCGCGUCCUCAGAACCUCCAAGAUCAAUGAUGAUGGCUCCGCAGACACGCAGGACAAUAGCGACGUCGCGACAACGACGGGCGACGACAAAGCUUCCCGAGGCGAUCCUAAAACCGCCUGGGUCAUGGCAGUGUAUGAAGAUGAUGCUGGCGAUGAGCAGCGAUGGAAGCGCUCCAUAACCAGUUCCGGAGCCAGCGAGUAUCGUAUCAAUGACAGGGUUGUCACGGCACAGCAGUACAAUGAAGCACUGGAAACAGAAAAUAUCCUCAUGAAAGCUCGCAACUUCCUCGUAUUCCAAGGCGAUGUUGAAGCCAUAGCUUCUCAGUCUCCCCAAGAUCUUACUCGUCUCAUUGAGCAAAUAUCAGGCAGCUUGGAAUAUAAGACGGAGUACGAGAAACUCCAGGCCGAUGCUGAAGAAGCCGCUGAGAACCAGAACUUCCAGCUACACCGCCGUCGCGGGAUCAACUCCGAAAUCAAGCAGUACCGCGAGCAAAAGAAGGAAGCAGACAGUUUUCAAAAGAAAACUGAAGAAAGAGAUGCAGCCAUUGUAUCACACUGCCUCUGGAAGCUCUAUCAUUUCCAGAAAGCCAUGGAUGAGUCUAGUGCUACUAUUCAAGACCAUCAAGAGGAUCUGAAGGAACUCAAACGCAAUGUAGAAACUUUUGAGGCACGGUUGGAGGAUGCUAGGAGGGAUCAGAAUACCGCUGGUCGAUUAGUGGCUCGAACGGAGAAAGAGAUCAAGCUGAGGCAGAGGAACAUCGAAGAUAAAGAGAACGCUCUGUUGCCUUUUGAUGAGAAAGUUCACGAGUCUUCACAGCAGGUUGAGAAGCUCCAUGCUCAAAGCCAAAAGGUGGCAAAAGAGCGAGAUGAACAAGCUGCCAUCGUGGAAAAGGUCCGGAAAGAUAUUGAAAAUGUCAAGAAAGCACAGUCCGUGUUCGAGGAAGACACAAAAGAGCAGAUGAGAAAACAAGGGCGAGACAUUAGUGACACAGAUCGAAAGGAAUAUAAUCUUCUUCGGGCAGAAGUAAUGUCUCGCUCUGGGACAAAUCAAGCGAAAUUGGAAAAUCUGGAGCGACAACGCAAAGCAGACGAGGUUACUGUUAAUAACCUUCGGGGAAAGCUUGACAGCAUCACCGCAGCUAUAGAAAAAGCUGAAGCGGAGUUGCAAAAUAUCGGCGAGCGCAGAAGCUCUACCGAGGCGGCGUCUAAGGAAAUUGCCGACGAGAUCGCAAGGAAGAAGAAGGAAUUUAAUCAAUUGCAGUCCGAACGUGUAAGAACGAACCAGAAACGGACGGAACUUGAGGAGAAGCUUGAAGAUGUAGCUCGAAAGCUGCGUGAAGCCGAUGACGGUCGUCGCCAGAAUGACCGCGAAACCCGAAUGAAGGAGAUGGUCACGUCGUUGAAGCGCAUGUUCCCCGGUGUGCGAGGCCGCAUUGGAGAUCUAUGCACGCCAAAGCAGAAGAAAUACGACGAGGCUGUAAUUGUCGCGCUUGGAAAAGAUUUCGACUCAGUUGUCGUAGACACCGAGAAGGUUGGUAUAGAUUGUGUUCAGUACUUGAAAGAGCAGAGAUUUCCGCCCAUGACUUUCAUCCCACUGGAUAAUAUUAAGGUCAAUGCCGUCAAUACAGCUAUUAAAGGAUUCUCUGGCGCGAGGCUGACAAUCGAUACUAUCAAUUUCGACACAUCAGUUGAGAGAGCGGUGUCAUACGCUUGCGGCAGUUCCGUGAUACCGGUGAAAGCCGUUACUCUUGAAGGAUAUAUUAUUCAUAAAGCUGGAUUGAUGACUGGAGGUCGUGGCCCCGAACCCAAAGGAGGCAAGCGGAAAUUCGAAGAAAUCGACGUGCAGAAUCUUCAGCGAAUGGCAAUGAAACUCAAGGACGAAAUAGACCGGCUCCCAAAAUCUGAUCGACGUGGAACGCAAGAGGAAUCGCUGCAAAUUGAUCUUGCUGGAUUAGAACGACGUUUGGUCUCAAUGAAAGAAGAACUUGCGGCCUUCGGUAAGAAUUGGACGAGCAAAAAGCGAGAGCUUGACGGGUUUAAAAAGGAAUUGAGAGACCUUGAACCGAAGUACAAAGAACAGUUGUCGCAGUUGGAAACCGAUAAUGCCACCCUCAGUGAGUUUAGGGCGGCGAUUGCCCGCGUAGAAGAUGAAGUAUUCGCCAACUUCUGCAGGAGGCUUGGCUACAGCGACAUCAGAGCAUACGACGCCUCUCAAGGGAAAUUGGAGCAAGAGGUAUCAGAAAAAAGGAACCAGUUUGAGGUGCAAAAGCAGCGGUUGGAGAACCGUCUUAAAUGGGAGAUGACCAGGCAUGGGGACACGGAAACGCGGAUCCGACGAAUGCAAGAGCACAUCCGACGUUUGAAGCAGGAUAUCAAGACAUACUCGAAGGAGAAGGCCGACAUCGAACAAGCCAUUCGUCGGGACCAAGAUGAACUUGAGGCCUUGCAAGACACCCUGGAGCAGCAAAAGGCUGAUCUCGCAGACAAGAACCAAAAAGUGAGCGAGGCAAGGACUGAGCUGCAAAAACGGAGCAAGGAUAUUGAGGCACGGCAGCGUGACAUCAACACUCUAGAAACAAUAGUGCAAAAGAAUAGUGCCAGCAAGUCUGCACUGCUGCGGAGAUGUCGGCUUGAACAAAUUCAGAUCCCCCUAGUUGAAGGCACAUUGGACAAUCUUCCGAACGAGGACGAUCUGCUUCGACAGGAUCCUGAUGCAAUGGAUGUCGAUGAUGACGAGGAAGACAUGAUGGACAUUGCCCUCGACGACCAUGGCAUCGCCAUCAAUUUCGAGGGCCUGGACGAUGACCUGAAGGAGUCCGAUGACCCUGGAGUCGAGGAAAAGUUGACGGAAAGAAUUUCUCUGCUAGCCUCGGAACUCGAAAAGUUGAACCCGAAUAUGCGAGCCAUGGAACGCCUUGAAAGUGUCGAAUCAAGGUUAAAACAAACGGACCAGGAGUAUGAAGACUCCAAGACGACCGCACAGGCCGCGAAGGAUGCGUUUGCCAAGAUUAAACAGAAGCGAUACGACCGUUUCAACAAGGCUUUCACCCACAUCCAAGAGCAAAUAUCUCACGUGUACAAGGAUCUCACACGAUCUGAGGCGUAUCCGCUAGGUGGCCAGGCGUAUCUCGACAUUGAAGAGGACACAGACAUGCCUUACCUCUCCGGUAUCAAGUACCAUGCCAUGCCACCCCUGAAGCGCUUCAGAGAUAUGGAGCACUUGUCCGGCGGAGAAAAGACCAUGGCUGCACUGGCAUUGCUCUUCGCCAUUCAUAGCUACCAGCCAAGUCCUUUCUUUGUAUUGGACGAGGUAGAUGCUGCACUUGACAACGCAAAUGUCGACAAGAUUAAGAAGUAUAUCCGCGAGCACGCCGGGCCUGGAAUGCAGUUUAUAGUUAUCAGCCUGAAGACGGGACUUUUCCAAGAUUCGGAAAGUCUUGUCGGCGUAUAUCGAGACCAGGAGGUGAAUAGUUCAAGAACUUUGACCUUGGAUCUGAGAAAGUAUGCCUGA